AUGAGAGUGCAAUAUAUUUGGGGAUUAAAUCUUAUGAAUCAAUACAAUGUUCAAAUGAUGGCUAAAUACUAUGAUACUAGAGAUAAUAUUACAAAAACAUUAGUUGAAACAGAAAAAUUUUUACUACUACAAGACAAUUUUCCAUUCCCAUCUUCUGGAGGUCAAAAGAAUCAAAUUACACUUUCACAAAACAAUUUCAAAAAAAUUAUAGCAGAUAGUGUUAUUGAUGACACAGAUUUACUAGAAGAAGCUUAUGACUAUGACUGUGAUCCCAUUGAAGAUUUGAGAAAACAAUUUAAGAAUUUGAAUAUCAAUCAAGCAAAACUAGCUUGA